UCACCAUAGCCGUGACUCAUCGUCGUCGCCGCGUCCAUUCCCUUGCACCACGACCACGGACUCAUUCGCAUUCCGUACGUCAAACGUUUACAACUGCUCUACGACGUGUCCUUUGCCGACCGACCGCCCAACGCAAAACCAUUUUUUCCUUCAAUCUGUUUCUUUUUAGACUUCAAAAUUAGCGAAUCAAGCAUGUCACGGAAAACGGCAGUGAGGAGGGCAACCACAAAGAAACGAGCGCAGCGCGCUACGUCAAAUGUGUUUGCCAUGUUUGGGCAAGCACAAAUACAAGAGUUCAAGGAAGCAUUUAAUUUGAUAGAUCAAAAUCGUGACGGAUUCAUUGACAAAGAAGAUUUGCAUGAUAUGCUUGCUUCUUUAGGCAAAGAUCCGACCGAUGAUUAUUUAGAAGGCAUGAUGAAUGAUGCACCUGGCCCAAUUAAUUUUACUAUGUUUCUAACAUUAUUUGGAGAAAGACUUCAAGGUACAGAUCCUGAAGAUGUAAUAAAAAACGCCUUUGGUUGUUUUGAUGAAAACAAUGAAGGCGUAAUUAAUGAAGAACGUUUGAGAGAGCUUUUAGUUACUAUGGGAGAUAGAUUUACAGAUGAAGACGUUGAUGAAAUGUACCGUGAAGCUCCAAUUUCCAAAGGAAUGUUCAACUAUAUAGAAUUUACACGUAUUUUGAAACACGGAGCAAAAGAAAAGGAUGAAGUUUAAUUUUGUCUUUUAUAUAAAGUAAAAUACUUCAUCAUAAACAUUUACUCAACAUAACAUUAAAAUUAAUAUAUUUAUAUAAUAUAUCAAAAAUUGUAUUAUUAAAUAAUAAUUCAAACUUAAUAAUGGGUGAAAUAAUUAUUUAUUAAGUUUAUAUAUGUAACCUUUUUAGUUUUAUAUUUAUUAAUUCAUAAACAUUCAUAAAUAUUACAUUUAUAUUAUACAACUUUUUUUUUUUUGUUACUCGUUCUUACAAAAUUUUUUUAAUAUUAUCUUUUUUAUGGUUUAGAAAUAUCUGUUUUUAUAUUUACAUUUUUACCUAUACUGUCCAUAGUAAUUUAUCCUUUUAUUAAGAUUAAAAUUAAAAUUCACUAAUCGGUAGAUUUCUUUCCCUAUCAUAUUUAUUUCAUACAUGUUUCAAAGACUUGUAUUUGCGUAAACUAUUAAAUUUAUCUAUAAGUACAUAAAAAUAAUAAUUAUAUAGAUUGUUUAAAAUUCUAAUUAUAAACAUUGGUACAGUGCCUAGUCUGUAAGCAUGUAAUAAAACCAUACAUUUCAAAUUUAACAACUACAUAUUACUAGGGUUUAAAAAAUGUUGGAACGUAUAUACUAAGUGAAUGUAUACCUAAUAUAAUAAAUUAUAAAAGAA